AUGAUGGGCGACUCAUUACAUUCUCUCAAGGAGCAACCGGCGCAGCCAACAAAUCUUCAGCAUGGUGCUCUAUCCGCUGACGAGCUCGAGCUUCGUGCUCAGGGCCACAAGGGAGAGCUUCCCCGAAAUUUCUCUACGCUUUCCACGUUAGCCAUCGCCUUCCUCUUGACGAGCGCCUGGAUUGGGUAUUCAGCAACUUUUCCAUACCCCUUAUUAGCCGGUGGUGGGCCGUACGUGUUUUGGGGCCUAAUCGUCGCCACGAUCGCAUGCUCCCUCAUCACUGCCGGAUUGGCAGAGUUGAGCUCUGCGUACCCUUCAACAGGAGGACAAUACCAUUUUACAUUCAUGGUGUCAUCCGAAAAGACUCGGGCAGGCACUGCGUUCGUCGUGGGUUGGCUCUCCGUCAUUGCCUACUGUCUCUUCACGGCCAGUGCGACCAUUGUUUGUGCCCAAAUCACGGCCGCAAUCGCUGGCUUCUGGCAUGAGAACUACGUGGCAACCCAGUGGCAGAUCUACUUGAUGUAUAUCUUGUACCAGGCGGUCGCAACAGCCGUAGUUGUGUUGUUCCCCCGACAGCUACCCAAAACGGAGAUUGGAUUCUUUCUGAUCAGCGUUUCCGGCUGCAUUGUCUUCUUUAUCACUGUGCUUUCCGCAAGUGAAACCAAACAGCCAGCCGAGGUCGUUUUUACCGAAGUUGUCAAUGUUACCGGCUGGAGUGAUGGAGUGUCUUUCAUCUUGGGGGUGGGAACGUGCAUGUACGCUUAUAUUGCCACGGAUGGGGCGUCGCAUAUCGCAGAGGAAAUCCCAAAUCCUGGUAAGGGUGUCCCUAGAACGAUGAUGCUCAGCCUGGGCAUAUCAGCCAUCAGUGUCAUUCCCUGGACUUUGGCAUUCCUCUUCUCGACCAAUGACCUCGAAGCUGUUGCGUCCUCCACCUUUCCGAUCCUCGAGGUCUACCAACAAGCUUUGCACAACCGUUCUGGAGCCACUUUCCUUGCUGUAUGGCUUCUCGUCAUCUAUUUUGGCUCGGUUGUCAGUGUAGUCGCAGCGACGGGCCGUCUCACUUGGGCUUUUGCCCGUGAUAACGGUCUUCCAUACUCACCUGUCUUUGCGAAGAUCAACCCCACCCUCCAAAUGCCAGUCAACGCCACGAUCGCUGCAAGUGUGUUCGUCGCCUGCUAUGGUGCAAUCUACGUGGGUUCCACGACAGCCUUCAACAGUUUCAUCUCGAUGUCCAUUCUGUCCCUCAAUGUGACGUACGCGAUUCCGCAAGGCAUCGUUUUCUUCCGAGGACGAGAACAGGUCCUUCCUCACACUCGCCAGUUCAACCUGGGCAAGGUCUUUGGUCCUUUUUGCAACAUCUUUUGUGUGUGUUGGGUCUCCUUGUACACCGUGUUGUUCUGCCUGCCCACCUUCUUACCUGCUGAGGCCGAGGCUAUGAACUAUGUUUCUGUCGUCGUAGCUGGUUGUGCUUUGAUCAUUAUUAUCAUGUGGUUCUCUGGGAAGAGAAAGACGUUUGUCGGACCGAUUAUAAAUAUGGAAUUGCUCGAGGCGGCUAAAAUCCACCAUAUUGAUGCCGAGACUCAAGCGACGGUCCUGACUGGCGAGAAACUCCUUGACAAGAAAUGA